AUGGCGGCUACGGCUAUGGCGACGUCUGCUUUAACUAGUGAGUGUCUUCCUAUUACAAAAUUUGUUAAAUCUGCUGGAGAUGGGAUUUACUCCGGUUCUACCUGCAAGCAAGGAGAAAUCGAAGCUUUUGUGAUUGCCACGGGUGUGCAUACCUUUUUUGGUAAAGCUGCUCAUCUAGUAGAUAGUACAAAUCAAGUUGGCCAUUUUCAAAAGGUCUUGACUGCCAUAGGGAAUUUCUGCAUAUGUUCUAUUGUAGUGGGGAUGUUGAUUGAGAUUAUUGUGAUGUACCUUAUUCAGCGUCGAUCCUACCGUACUAGAAUUGAUAAUCUGCUAGUACUGCUUAUAGGUGGAAUUCUCAUUGCAAUGCCCACUAUCCUAUCUGGGGCAAUCACAAAAAGAAUGACAGUAAUAGAAGAGAUGGCAGGCAUGGAUGUUCUUUGUAGUGAUAAAACUAGAACUUUGACACUAAACAAGUUAACGGUGGACAAAAAUCUUAUUGAGGCUGUUUCUAGUCGCCAAGGACCGAAGAUAUAA